CGUCUGCUGAGUCUUCUCUUGAGUGAGAAAUGUCAACAGCUUUAACAUGGCCACCGUUCGGGACAGCGACAUUUCACUUUGGCUCCACAACAAACUCGGCACGUCCAACGAUUCAUGGACGAGCGGCUCGAUUUGCUCCCAGCUCAACAACGAGGUGCUUCGGAACAUAAAAGACUGCUUUCCGGACCUUCAGACACAAGUGAAGCUCAAGCUUCUCCUCUCGUUUUUCCACAUACCCAGGAGGAACGUCGAAGAGUGGAAAGUGGAGUUGGAGGAGAUAGUCGAGGUGGCUCAGGUGGACAGCGAACAGUGGGUCUCCAUGCUUGCGGAGAUGAUGAGCACGCUUCCUUCGACUGGCUCUCUCAAUACAGUCAUUGCUGAAAACGAUCAGAACAAAAGGAUCUUUUCCGAUCUUGUCAACGAUCUAAGAAAAUUGGUGAGGAAGCACAAUGAAGUAAAUCUGUUACCUCUGGAGUGCCAUUAUCUUAACAAAUCUGCUUUAAACAAUCUAGUAGGGCAACUGCCACAGCCCACUAAACAUUUUACAUUAAAACGUAAACCGAAAUCGGCUGCUUUGAGAGCGGAAUUGAUGCAAAAAUCCCACGAUGCUGCGAGCAAUCUUAAAAAGAGCCAAGCUCCGACAGUGCCCGUACGAUCGAGAGGGAUGCCUAGAAAGAUGACAGAUACGACACCUCUCAAGGGGAUACCGAGCAGGGUCCCGUCAGGCGGUUUCCAAUCCGGGCUCAGCAAUAACUCCCUCAUGUCAAGGCCGUCGCUUCCUCGAAACCCGCUCCCGAGGAAAGACGGUGGAAUCAAACUGCUCGACAUCAAUGAACAACCUCUUGCUCACGCACAAGCGAAAAAACGGAAAAGAUUGCAGGAACAGGAAGAACUCCAGGCGAAAAAGACCCAAGCAGAACCCACGACUCCUACUCCCGAUUACGCACUCGGUCUUGUACCGCCUCCUUCUGUCGCACCGCCCACGCCUAUUCCAGAAAGCCCAGCACCAUCGUAUGCUCCAUCUACUGCUAGUAGUGGUGUUUCAACACUACUUCAAGCAUCUGCCAUUUCAAACAACACAAUUAUCUCAUCACCGCCGACACCGAUUGUACCUAUUGUUAAUAAGACUGACGUCCAACCUGCAGAGCCUGUUGUUGAGAGACCUAUGCCGCCAACAAUUAGAACUCAAACUCUGACAAUUUCAGAAGACAAGAAAUACGAACUGACGAGGGACCAAGUUUCUAAAGCCCAGAAGCUUUUCUGCACUGCUAACAAAGUUACAAGGCCUGAAAAAUCUCUAAUUUUGGGCUUCAUCGCCGGCUCAAGAGACAACCCAUGCCCUCAGUUGGGUGACGUCAUUACCAUCAAAUUGAGCGAGUACCAGGAGAUGGUGAAACAAGACUCGAAAGAAGUCCCUAAGAUCGUCGAAACCCACUUCCAAAUGAACUACAUCAACGGAGAAUGGAAUCUUAUUAAUCGCUACAGAGAUAUUGACCCUCUAUAACUUGAUAUUGCUAAUUGUAAUUCCCUUUUAUAAAAUAUACUUGUUGUAUAUAAUACGUGUAAUAAUUUAAAAUCAAUUAGUACAAUUCUAUUUAAAA